AGCACCUCCCCACCCCUAUUUUUACCCGUCUACGCCCUUGUUUUUUUCCAUUAAAAAAUUCGUAACAUAGCAACCGCCUUUGUUUUGUUUUGUUUUGAAAGUAAAGAAAAAAUAAGAAUUGAUAAUUGUAAAAAAUAUUCUUGAAAUAAUGUUUCGCCGUGGUAAAUUAUCCUUUUUGAAUACCAAAGAUGAUCGCAUUAAGAUAAUUAAUGAACGGAUUAAUCUCACCGAACGUCAUUUAAUGGAAAUCUGCUCGGCCUUUGCUCUGGUUACUAGAAAAAUGGCCAAAUAUCGAGACUCUUACGAUGAACUAGCCAAGGGUAUAAAAAACUAUGCCGAUGACGAGGAGAUCAAUGAGAGUCUCUCCUCAGGGAUGAAGAGUUUCACAAAUGCUGUCACCAUGUUGGGUGAUUAUAUGGACAUAAAUGUGCAUCGUUUGGAACUGAAGCUAGUCAAUGAAUUGUCACAGUUUGAGCAGCUCUGCAAAUCCACCAGGGAUAACUUACGUUUGGCUGUAAUAGCAAGGGAUAAAGAGGUCCUGCGACAACGACAAAUGUUGGAACUUAAAUCCAAAUUUUCCGCCAAUAAUAGUGCUGCCGAUUCGGAGCUAUUCAAGGCCAAAAUGGAAGUCACACGUACGAAUAAAGAAAUCGAUGAAAUUAUUAAUAAUUUUGAGCAAAGAAAACUUCACGAUGUCAAACAGACACUGCAAAAUUUCAUCUUGAUAUCAAUGAAACAUCAUACGAAAGCUCUGGAAAUUCUCAGUGCUAGUUACUAUGAUAUAGGUAGAAUCGAUGAACGAGAUGAUUUUAUGGAAUUUCAAAAACUAUUGAAAACCAAGGAGGACGCCCAGGCCACAACACGCAUGGCGGCACUGAAGAAGGGAUUACGUUCGCAGUCAAUGGAUAGCUUGGAGCAUGAUCAUCUGAUGAGUCCUUUGAAGAGGCAUCAAAAACUGUCCAGGAGUAGUAAAAAUUUAACCGGUGGUGGCAUAGCAGGUCACCAAAAUAAGACUGAUCAGCAGCAUGUUGCCAGUGAGGACGAUGAUGAGGACGACGAGGAGGAAGAGGAAGAUGAUGAUGAGGAAACCGAACAAAGUGAUGAAGAGGCAGAGGACGAUGAAGAAUCAGGCAGUGUGAGCGAUGAUGAACGUGAACCAACAGGAAAAGCCACAAACGUCGCCGCUGGAGCAGCUUCUGGGCCAGAGAAACAACACACAGCAAUGCGUGAGAAUGUAUUUGGGGCCAGGACACAGCGAACUAUUGGUAAGGAUGCGAUAUUGAAUGCGACAGCCAUGAAACCCUCCAGGCAAACGGUUAAACAUCCCUUCAAGGCAGUGGCCGCCACCCAUGUAAGAUUGCAAAAGCAAUUCCAUGUGCCGCAGAACUAAUUUAUAUCGAAAUUAGCAUAAUCAUAAAUAAACAAAAUUAUAAUGGAAACACGUCA